AAUAAAAAAAAGUAAAGUUACAUUUUAAUCUUCCUAAUAUGCAAAUAAAUCUACAAAAUCCGGCAAAAACAGGCUGUAGCCAAUAAAAAAAAGCAAAGAAUGUGACGUGCCCCCAAUCAAAAUACAUUCAGUGCCUUUCCGAAUGCUAAAUCCCGAUCCGGACGCACAAAAUCGAUGCAGAUGCUGUCUGCAUCGCACAUUCUUAUGGAAAAUGCAUUAAAUAAAUCGCCACUCGAAAGCAAUAAAAGCCACGCUGCCUAGCUAAAAAGAUUGAUCAAAUUAUUAAAAAUAAACUUCAGAGCGCCGGAGAGCAGUUCCAAAACUCGAAUUUCGAAAGAUGCAGACAGACAACAAAAGCAAUAACAAAGUGCUCGAAUCGAACCAAAAUACUACAGACACACAGACAACCGCGGAGGGCAACACCAAUAUGUAUUGAUGUUGCCAAUCGCAUGAAGUAGUAGCGCUGCUGAUUACACAAAGAUCCUCAAAAAUACUUUAUCCAACGCUCGAAUAUGUCUGACGGCGUAAGCAUCUUGCACAUCAAGCAGGAGGUGGACACUUCCUCCGCGGGCGGCGGAGCCUCCUGCUUCAGUCCCAGUUCGAAGCCGACAACGACCACGCAGGGCAGCAGCAACGGUAUGAAGUCCUCGCCAUCGGUUUCACCGGAAAGACAGCUCUGCAGCUCCACCACUUCCCUAUCCUGUGAUCUGCACAACGUCUCGCUGAGCAAUGAUGGCGAUAGUCUUAAGGGUGGUGGAACAGGCAGCGGUACCAGCGGCGGCGGCGGUGGAGGAGGAGGUGUAAAUAGUGCCAAUGGAGGGAAUGCCAGCAAUACCAGCGCCGCAACUGGAUCCGGCUCCGUACGGGAUGAGCUGCGCCGCUUGUGCCUGGUGUGUGGUGAUGUGGCCAGUGGCUUCCACUAUGGCGUGGCCAGCUGCGAGGCCUGCAAGGCGUUCUUCAAGCGCACCAUACAGGGGAACAUCGAGUAUACCUGUCCGGCGAACAACGAGUGCGAGAUAAACAAGCGGAGGCGCAAGGCCUGCCAGGCGUGUCGCUUCCAAAAGUGUCUGCUCAUGGGUAUGCUAAAGGAGGGCGUACGCUUGGAUCGAGUUCGAGGAGGGAGGCAGAAGUAUCGGCGCAAUCCAGUGUCCAACUCAUACCAGACGAUGCAGUUGCUUUACCAGUCCAACACAACCUCGCUGUGUGAUGUGAAGAUACUGGAAGUCCUGAACUCGUACGAGCCGGAUGCACUGAGCGUUCAGACGCAACAGCAACAGCAGGUGCACACGACGACGACGACUAGUGCUAACGAUGAGGCCUCCUCCUCAUCGGGCAGCGUUAAGUUGGAGUCUAGCAGUGUCUCGGCUGUCACACCACCCAAUGGGACUUGCAUUUUCCAGAACAACAACCACAACGAUCCCAAUGAGAUACUUAGCGUGCUGAGCGACAUCUACGACAAGGAACUGGUCAGCGUUAUUGGCUGGGCUAAGCAAAUACCAGGCUUUAUCGAUCUACCGCUCAACGAUCAAAUGAAGCUGCUACAGGUGUCGUGGGCGGAGAUAUUAACCCUGCAACUGACCUUCCGAUCGCUUCCGUUCAACGGAAAGCUCUGCUUCGCCACGGACGUCUGGAUGGACGAGCUGCUGGCCAAAGAGUGCGGCUAUACGGAGUUCUAUUACCAUUGCGUGCAGAUAGCCCAGCGCAUGGAGAGGAUAUCGCCGCGCAGGGAGGAGUAUUUUCUGUUGAAGGCGUUAUUGCUGGCCAAUUGCGACAUUCUGCUGGAUGAUCAGAGCUCACUACGUGCUUUCCGCGACACGAUUCUCAAUUCUCUGAACGAUGUCGUCUAUCUGCUGCGUCAUUCGUCGGCUGUGUCGCACCAGCAACAGCUGCUACUCCUGCUCCCAUCACUGCGGCAGGCGGACGAUAUCCUGCGACGAUUUUGGCGGGGAAUUGCACGGGACGAGGUUAUCACCAUGAAGAAACUGUUUUUGGAGAUGCUAGAGCCGCUGGCUAGGUGAAAAAAUAGAUGUGGGCGGAGCAGCCAAUCUAGCUGAUAAGCAAAUAGGUGCAAAUAUAGUCAUAGCGUAGAUUAAGCGUAGGAUAAGCCAUGUACAUAGAUAGUAAAAUACCGGUCGGGUUUAAUAUUAGUUUGCAGAGAA